AUGGACAGCUCCAAAGACAGUGCCGCAGGGCGCAUCUUCAGCGAGAGACUGGCAGAUAAGAUCCCUGCGCCUAUUCCAGAGACACCGGCUGUCCCAAAUAACUUGAGUGUCGAUACCGGGGCUGCCAUUCGCACUUCCUAUAAUCCAUCACCCGCACUUGCGCGUCCAAACGGACAGACGGCAGACGAGGUCACCUAUUCACAUCGCUCUCCCUUACGAACCUUACCCGCAUGGGUUCGGUCAGUCCAAGAACCCGAGGAUGAUGGGGAUGAAGCUACCGUCACCGAUCGUUUACUUCCCUCCCAACCCAACGACGCAUUUGUAGCCCAUCACAAUCACUCUCCAUAUGCAUCAUCCUCCAAGUACCAACAUACUGAAUCAAUCACCAAUGGACUGUUCGAGGAUGACACUGCUCCUGACAAUCGUGAAUCGCGUUGGGUGACAUUCUCGCGGACUAUCCAAUACCCAAGGGAACCGGGCAGAGAGCAGGAGCAAGUCACAUCCGAAUGGAUGAACCAAAAUCACGGGGACUACCUGCAGCCAUGGCGAGGCAAACAUUUGGAGGGUGAUAGUCCGGAGUAUCCACUGCAUAGUGGAGGUCGAAGGGAGAUCUGGAUCAAACGCUUUAAAAAGACGCUCCUGCGGAGUCCAUUGGUGCCAUUGAUUCUUCGAAUGACUGUUUGGUGCUUUUCACUUUCUGCUCUGGCUCUUGGCGGCUCGAUUCAGCACCUGUCCAACGAGGGCGAGCACCCCCAGGGCCCAUCGGCCUUGAUGGCAAUCAUUGUUGACGCCGUCGCGCUGGUAUAUUUGCUAUACAUCACUUUCGAUGAGUAUACGUCGAAACCACUUGGUCUGCGCUCCCCUUCCGCCAAAGCGCGGCUUCUCCUUCUUGACAUCUUCUUUAUUGUCUUUGAUUCUGCCAAUCUUAGCUUGGCAUUUGCUUCUCUAUCCGAAGUGACCGGAUCCUGCACCGAAGCAGAGGUCAACCAGGUGGUUGAUCCCCGAAAUGACCAUAUCUGCGUGCGGCAAAAAGCACUUGCAUCUGUGCUGCUAGUUGCACUUUUGGCCUGGCUUAUGACCUUCUCGAUAAGUGUCCUUAGGUUUCCUUUUGGUCACACCUGCCGCUCAGGUUUAUCCUCACCGUGCCACAGGUUUCCGCUGGAAUUCACCAUACCCUUGGUUUUCAGCACCUCUUCAUUCUCAUUUGGUUCUCCGUGCCGCAUAUCUCAUCACUUUUCGUGUGGAUGA